AUGUCUAAGGAUAAAGAAACAAGUAGCAACCCAGUUGAAAAAUUGGCAGAAUCCCCAUUGGAAUUUGUUAGAGAAGGUACUCAAUUUUUACAGAAAUGUAAGAAACCUGAUUUAAAAGAAUACACAAAGAUUGUCAAAGCUGUCGGUAUUGGUUUCUUAGCUGUUGGUAUCAUUGGUUAUGCCAUUAAAUUGAUUCAUAUUCCAAUUAGAUACUUAAUUGUAUGA